AUGUCACCGACGCACAUGCCGGUCUUGAACCUGCUCAAUCAAUUUCUGAAACAAGUCUCAGGGCCCAUGUCUUCGAGGAUCGUCGAGUACGCGAAGGCUCACCCCGUCUUCAGACGCUACUUUCUCGUACUUCCGGGCCGGUGGUUUCACGCGGUGGAUCUAAAAAUUAGGAAAGACGUGCUCGAGAAUAAAAGAGGGAAGGAGAAACGCGGAAAGGAUAGGCGAGUCGACGACGAUACCGCGAUUGACGUUGGCGCGAAACUCAUGAGCGAGGGGAUAAUAUUCCUGAUCGCCGGAUUGGGAGUGAUGGCCGAGGUGACGCGAAGCGGUAGAAAUUCGGCGUCGAGGGACAAGGUGAAGAGGGAACAGAUGGAGAAGCUGAUCGGGAAAAAAGACGAAAUAUCGUUAGCUCUGGAAAAACAGGCGCACAUGAUUAACAAGCUGGAGAAACUGGUCGACGAGUACACCGGACUCACCGCGAAAACCGCGUCCCCCGAGGAUGGGAAAAAAAACGAGUAG